ACCGUUUCUAACAGUGCGAUUCCAGAAAGCACUACCAGUGGUGGCAGGUUUAAACUUGACAUUCUGAAAAACAAGGCCAAGAAAUCCUUGACUAGCUCUCUGGAAAAUAUCUUCUCAAGGGGAGCCAACAGAAUGCGAGGCCGCCUGGGAAGUGUGGACAGCUUUGAGCGCUGCAAUAGCCUUACUUCUGACAGAGACGCUUCGCCGGGCGAUUCCCCGCCAGCUACUCCUCCAGCUUCCCCCGUGUCCUCAGUCUGGCAGCCGUUUCCUGAGGAAGACUCAGACUCCCCCCAGUUCAGAAGGCGUGCGCACACCUUUAGCCACCCCCCCUCCAGUGCCAGGCGGAGGAUAACCUUCCAGAACGGGAGAUCCCAGAGCGUCCGGUCCCCACUGCCACGGCAGAGCUGCAUUGAGACAACAAGCCCUAUUAUCGGGGUUCGGCAUGCUCUCAAUGAAAGUGAAUCUGCGUCAUCUGGUCUCCCCUCCUCUGUCUCUGCCCCUUCCUUCCUGAAAAACUUUUACCAGGGCUCUGGAAGGUUGCUGCAGCACUCAGAAAGUGACCUCUCCAAGAGUGAUGGAGAGGGAAAGAAAAGAACAUCAACUGUCUGCAGCAGUGAAUCUAUAAAUGUUGUGGGGGCCACGCUUACACCUCGCCGCAUCUCCUGGCGGCGGAGAAUAUUCCUGCAGGUAGCUUCACCUAUGAAUAAAUCUCCUUCCAAGAUGCAGCAUCCAGAUGGUCAUGAUGGAAGUGAAUUGUUGCCAUUAUCUCCUCUUGCUCCACCCUUGGAGGAGGAUCCUCUUGUUCUAGUAUUGCAAAUUGAGGAUGGUCCAGAUAAAACUGGAGAAAGGAAAAACUCAGAAGAACUACAAAGUCUGUGGAGAAAAGCCAUCCAUCAACAAAUUCUGUUACUUCGAAUGGAAAAAGAAAACCAGAAGCUGGAAGAGGCAAGCAGAGAUGAGCUCCAGUCAAGAAAAGUCAAACUGGACUAUGAUGAAGUUGGUACAUGUCAGAAAGACGUUGUAAAUGUUUGGGAUAAGAAGUUACUAAACUGCAGAGCCAAAAUCCGAUGUGACAUGGAAGAUAUUCAUUCCACUUUGAAAGAAGGUGUACCAAAAAGUCGUCGGGGAGAAAUUUGGCAGUUUUUGGCUGUGCAACAUCGAGUCAGACACAGACUGCCAAACAAGCAGCAGCCUCCUGACAUCUCUUACAAGGAACUUCUGAAACAACUGACUGCUCAACAGCAUGCCAUCCUUGUAGAUCUAGGUAUGUCUCAUCCUACACAUCCUUACUUUUCCGCCCACCUGGGAGCAGGACAGCUAUCGCUCUUUAAUCUCCUGAAAGCAUACUCUUUGCUGGACAAAGAAGUGGGUUAUUGUCAAGGUAUAAGCUUUGUAGCUGGAGUGCUGCUUCUACAUAUGAGUGAGGAACAGGCCUUUGAAAUGCUGAAAUUCCUCAUGUAUGACCUUGGCUUCCGUAAACAGUACAGGCCAGACAUGAUGUCACUACAGAUUCAGAUGUAUCAGCUCUCAAGGCUUCUUCAUGAUUAUCACAGAGACCUGUAUAAUCAUCUUGAAGAAAAUGAAAUCAGUCCCAGCCUUUAUGCUGCACCGUGGUUUCUUACACUGUUCGCAUCUCAGUUUCCAUUAGGAUUUGUAGCCAGAGUAUUUGACAUUAUUUUUCUUCAAGGAACAGAAGUCAUAUUUAAAGUAGCACUGAGCCUCCUUAGCAGUCAAGAAACAUCUAUAAUGGGAUGUGAGAGUUUUGAGAACAUUGUUGAUUUUCUUAAAACCACUAUUCCAGAUAUGACUCAGCCUCAAAUGGAAAAAAUUAUUACCCAGGUGUUUGAGAUGGAUAUUUCAAAACAGCUCCAUGCCUAUGAAGUAGAGUACCACGUUCUUCAGGACGAGCUGCAGGAAAAUGUGAAUACUUGUGAUGAAGGUGAACCCCUGGAGAAGCUGGAGAGGGUGAACAGUCAUCUGAAGAGACAAAACAUGGAUUUGUUGGAGAAGCUACAGGUUGCUCAUGCUAAAAUUCAGAGUCUGGAAUCCAGCCUGGAGACUAUUUUGGCUCGAGAGAACAAAAUGAAGACAGCAAUACAGUCCCUGGAACAGGAGAAGUUGACGUAUCAGAAGGCUCUUGAGCAGAUAAUGAAGUAUUUGCCAGCGGAAGCAUUGUCUGACUGUGAACUGCUCCUGAAGGAAGUAAACUGUAAUCCAAAUAAUAAAAUAAAAUAAAAUAAUGAGUAAGCCAUAAACCAGGGUUUUCUAGGCAGCAUUUCUUCAAAAAAAGGGAAAGAAAAAAUUAGUAUGCUGCUUUCAAAGGACUUAGCAAUAGGCAAUGGCAUU